UCUGCAGUGGUUUGAAAACAGUGUCGACCUGCAGGAAAGGUUAUGAAAAAAGUAUUUUGUACAUUUUCCAAAAUCGCAGUUUAUAUCGUUCCCAGUGGGAUGGGGUUGCAGUAUAAAGAUAUUCACGAUAAUCCGCUAUUCAACAGGCAUUUAGGACCUUGGGCUUCUCUGGGACUGUCGGGGCGGAAAUAGUGUUCCGUGUUCCCAUCCACCCGUUCUCCUUUGUCCAAACCCUCGUCAUUUCAACAGCACUAUCCUGCACCCUCAUGAGUAUGAGUCCCCGUCCCCCCCCCCCACGUGCUAACCUCGACUAUUUGAACAUGUUGUAUGUAAAAGGGAAAAGGAAAAAAGAAACAUGUGCCUUUUUAAAGAAAGCAAAGCUUAAACAUCCGAUUCGUUGCCCUUCUUUUUCCUGUAGAGCCGCGUACCUCACCUUUCUUCUUAUUGCACGUUUGGAUUUCCCCCUCGAUUCUCUGGGUCUUCCAAUUGGAACGGGCGGCCCAGUCUCCCAUCUGGUCUCAAACAUGACCCACAGUCCUAGGAGGGGUCUAGGUAGUAGAUUUUCUUUCGUCACUUUAGGAAGCUUUCAGCAGCACUUAUACCUCAAACAAAUGUUUUGGAUAUCGGAACUGGAGCUUUGUCUAGUCGUAACUUUUGCUCUUCCCCUUAUGGUCCCGGGAGUCCACUGAGGGAAUGACACAGGAUUUUGCGUAUGCCAAUCAGAGGAGAAGGGGCAUAAUGUAUCUUUAGUUUUUGGGAGUCUAUUCAGUCAUACUUUAACGGGUCAAAUCUCUUUCAGAGUUUAUAUAUUUUCCAUAAAUCUUUAAAAAGCCUUUAUAGGAUAGAAACAAUAAGAUAUAUUCUUGGGUCUGUGUACAACAUGGUAAACAGAACAUGCAGUUCCAGUUCUGCCAUUGGCUGUCCUUGAUCCUCUGUGUGGGCAUGUUUUCACAAUGCAAAUGCUGCAAAUUAACUUGCUUCCUGUAAAGUGUUGAUCGAUUAUGCUCAAUGACUGUCAUUUUGAUGACAACAUGCCGAUGCAGAGCUUUGGGUGCAGGCGCUGGCUGACUCUCCGGUCAAACCUCACACAUCUAUGAGAAACCUAAACAUUUUUUUAAUGCCCUUUUUAGUAUUUGUUGCACCCUCUCCGGCACGUUUUCCUCAACAUCAUUGCUGUUGUAGUUUGCACGUGCCUAAUACAUUUCCACGUAUAUUUAAGCAAUAGAUCACGCCAGGCUGUGGUAUGUGCUCAUUAUACCACUGUUAAGGGGCGUUGUCCGGCCCCGACGCGCAGCGGAGGGCCGGCGACCCCCUUCAUGCCACUGACUGAAGUGAUCUAUUGCUUUUAUACAACGGUUACUAUUAUGGCGAAACGAAAGUCAUAGACACACUACAUUUAAAAAGAAAAAAAAUAGCCGUUUAAUUAAAGAAUACAAAAAAGUAGUCCCUCCUGGCUGCCGCUAUGCAUCGACGGUCGCUAUGGAACACACUUCAGCGUCCCUCCGAGAGAAGGCUCCGAUAGAGCGGUUCGCCGGCAAUUUAUCCUAUGGAGCAGUUCACUCGCCGUGUGCCUAAGCUUUCGUUAGUCUCUCCAUCGCCUUGCUCACAUUUACACGCUCUCCAUCAUCCAACACAUGUUUUACUUUGUAACUGUUUCUACUUCCAGGCGCGGAGUGAUAUGCAAACUUUCACAAAAUGAUCGGGCGUCAUAGCAGUUAUGUAUGCGCUCAUUAUACAACAGUUGGGAACCAAUCAGAUCGCUGGAUUUAGGUCCCCCGUUGUAUAAAUAUAUAUAUAUAUAUAUUUCCCUUUUAUAGAUCUCGCUCUCUCCAUCUCUAUAGAUAUCUCUAUAUCUAUAGAGAUAUCUAUAUCUAUAAAUAUAUAUAUACAUAUGAGUUAAGCACUUAACUCCUAUAUCGUGGCUACUACCGUUCCCUAAAGAAUACUGUAGUUGUUGAUUGUGGAGGUCAAGCAGAGUAGGACCUCAAUGGUCCUGGAAUGGUGAGUGCCAAAGCCUCAUUUGUUUUGGUCUGUUUUUCGUUUGCUUUGGUCUGUUUCUUGUUUGUUUUGGUCUGUUUCUGUUAGUUUGGAACACAGAUCACCCUUGAUAGCAAUGAAAAUGUGGUGUCCAAAUGUUUAGACAUCUAAUAUUGUCUAACGCAAGAAUUUAAGACACCUAAAUUACUUAACCUUUCUCUGUUGGACCAUUCAAAUGGAAUACACAGGAAAUAGUUAUUAACUAAUCACUGGGCAAUUUUAUUUUAAUGCAAAGUACUAUAAAUAACCUUUGUGUUUAGGAAAGAAAAUUGAUGAAAAUAACAUUCAUAUUUUAAUAAUGGUAGCACUUAUUGGGUUGUCUUCUUGUUUUAAGGUGAACCUUAUCCCUGUCAGUAUAGUUUUAUGUUUAACAAAAAAAUUAUCAAAAUGAAUGUGAAUGUUCAAGAGAAUGAUUGACAGUGGAUUGAGAAUGGAGGUGCCCUUAAUUUCAAGAAUAUUUGGCCAAUUUAGUUAGCAUUUUGUCGCUAGAGUACAGAAUAAUCCAUGAUACAAGUAAUCGGUUUUGCAUUCGUUUACAUGUAUUAUAACUGACGCCACCAGUUUAUUUACAAUGCCAAAAAAUAUAUAUAUAUGUGAUUGAGUGAAUUUUGUAACGCUCCCAUGCUCAGGUUGUCAUUUGAUACAAUUUGCAGAUGCAUUGAUAAAACAUGCUUAACGUCCACUAGCAGACUGUAUAAACCAAAAGAAACCUAACAAACGUGGAGUUAGAAUCUGCGGCGUUGUACUGUGUUUUUAUCAGGGCCACUUUGAGAAAUAACAACACAGAACCCCAGAAAGGUGUCCCGACGUGUCUGCUUGGAGGUAUGAACGGCUGUGCCAUGUACUCCUCCUAAACAGUUAACCCCCCCUUCCCCUUCCUACCCCAUCAUCAUCUGUUCUCACACCUCCGAUUCAUUUUGUAUCCAAGUUUUUUUUAUAGUAUAGUUCUUGGGGCAAAAAAACAAACAAAAGAAAAACCGACAUUAUUCACAAUCUGCAUAAGGGUGCACUCAUGGGUUACUUUCACAUCCAGUGUGUGUACAAAUCUGCUGCUGUUUUUUUAAACCUGUAUAAAGGAAAAAAAAGAAAAACCGCAUACUUGCCUCAUACUGGCUCAAGAAUGUAUCCUGCCUCUCGGGCAUACUACAUUUUUGAGAUUGACAACUAAAUAUGCAAUACUUAUAUAAAAUAAUUACACUUACAGAGUGCAUUUCUACAUGAGACAUGAAAUUGCUUCCUUUUGUUGUUCUUUGUUGUUUUUUCCAAUAUAAGCUAUACACACAAGGGCGGACCUGCAUUCGUCUUCUCUCUCUCUCUUCAGGCCUGAGCUUUUCAGGAAAUACCAUCACGUUACUUUUCACCGCACAAAUAAAGCCUAUUAUGUUAGACGACAAGUUGACCAAAGCAAGAUAUACAGACGAAUUCAACAUAUAUCCACGUGAUUCUUUGGAUAGAAUUGUACAGUUCUUUGUUUUUUAACACAUUUUGUAUGCUAUCUCGGAUGGCUUUGGUCAAGUUGUGAAAUACUGUGAAUAGAAUAGGUUUUAGUCUUUUCACGCAAAACUGUUUGUGAAAGUAAUCGACCAGCUUGAAUCUAAAAGUUUGCACUACCCAAAUAUUGUUUUGAAAAUCUAUUUUGUAUAAAACAUAUGCAGACAUUAUCUUUAAAAAAAAAAAAAAAAAAGAUAUCAAGGGCAGAGCAUAUUUCACUGAGAUAUACUUUCUUUAAAACUUUGUUAUGCUUAAAAUUUCAUUUAUGUACAUAUAUUCAAUUAUGUAAAUGUAUUUGUCUCAAAAUACCCAUUUUUCUAACUCAUCUGUAUCAUUUCUCCAUGUAGUGUGAAUCUUAUUGAUCCUUUCCUCCAUUUAUUAAAUGUUGAAAUGUAGGCCUGUCUCAGUGGUACUUUAAAACAAAUUGUACACCGAUGCAUUUAUUCAACUAAUUCAAUUCUGAACAAUAAAAAUGGUUAUCACGGCAGCCAAUUGCUCUUCACCAAUAAAUGUGCUUUUAUCAUGGGAUGCUUGUUUUGUGGAUUUCUUCAGGGCAUACCCCAAAAAUAUACCAAGAGUAUCCAACUCCUUCAAUCUAAUAUCCAUCUAUAGCAAGUCCCAUCAUGCAAUGUAAGCAGACAGAAGCCAACAGUUUUCGGUCGGCCUAGCAGAAAUAUCCCAACAAAUAGCAACUUGCCUUGUUCAUAUAACAUCCAGGCAGGCAUGCAGGUCGACAAGAUUAGAUGGUUAUAAAAUGUAAGUGGCUACCUUGUUGCUGCACAGUGCGCUGUAGCCUGCACUUGCCAGCGGACGAGUCACUGUCACUGGUUAGCACCUGUGCUCAUUGGGCUAUGUGGGCUCAGCAUGUCGGGCCCCUUCCCUCCUGGCACCCUCCAUGUGAUCCGUGUCUUGCACCCUAUCUCUCAACUGCUCUACGACAACCACCCGGAUCGCGGUUUCAAACUAAAUAGCUUCAGCAUAUCCAUCGUUUUGAUUGAUCGUACCUUUUUUAUUUCAACAUAAACAAGAAUGUCGGAUGGAGAUGCAGUCGUUACAUCCACUGCGAGAUACGACCACAACCUGCUGGCAGACUAUAAAAAUAGGAUUCGCCUAUAUUGCCUCAAUGGCGGCCACCACCUCCAGAUGCUCCCAGAUGGGACGGUGCACGGCCAGAGGGAAGAGGAUGACGUCUACACUGUCCUGAGACUGAAAGCUGUAGAACCUGGUGUGGUUGUGAUUCAGGGAGUGGAAACUGGGAAAUAUCUGGCCAUGAGCAAUGCAGGCCACUUGCAUAGUUCAUCCACAGUAAGUGAUGAAUCUUACUUUGUGGAGGUGCUGGAAGAGAACCACUACAACACCUAUCAGCCCCGGAAGUACAAGGAGAGGAACUGGUAUGUGGGGCUGAAGAAGAACGGCAAGCCCAAGCCGGGCCCUCGCACCCACAUCGGUCAGAAGGCCAUCUUCUUCCUCCCACGACGGCUAGAUGACACAGGGGAGUGAUAAUAAUGACCUCCUAUUACUGUUAUAUUUAACUAUGUAGGUACGAUGAUGAUGGCCUUUACACCCUGUGCACCUGUACCACAACCCUUGGCUUUGGUGUGCCACCAUAUUUAUAACUGAACUGGAUGUGAGACUAUUGAUAGACUACUGUCUAUCGUGUCCUUGUGUAGGUAUGGGUGCGGGCAGUGUCCCUUUCCUAUUGUGGUAUGAUGGAUGAUAAAAUAGCGAUAUCUGCUGAAGGAAGUAGCUUGAUCAGUCCUCAUGAAUGUCAUUAUGGCUGCUUUUGAAAAAUGUGAAUGUAAAUUGACUUAAUCUCACACUCACUGUGCAUUACUGUCCUAGUAAAAAAAACAAAACUAUAUGAACAACACAAUGUAGUCAUAGAUUAUUGAUCACCUGACGAGUGUGUCCAUAUCCUUCAUAGCAUCCUUCUGACCAACCAGCGCUCAUGGUCCCUGCUAUUUGACCUGGGCUCAGUCGAAAGAACACCAGCCAACAUCAAAGACAUUCAGCUGA